GCCAUCGUCCAUUCGAAGGGGAAUUAAGUUGCAAGCGAACAACUGGGUGGAGAAGGGAACUGUUAAGUUUGAGCUUUAUUUUUGAAGAGGCAGAUUUGGAUACAUUUGAUUCAGAAUGAGUGACCAAGUAAUUAGCUUUCUGAAGGAUUUCCUGGCCGGUGGUGUUGCUGCAGCAAUUUCCAAGACAGCUGUGGCCCCUAUAGAAAGAGUGAAACUGUUGCUGCAGGUCCAACAUGUCAGCAAGCAGAUCUCAGCGGCAACUCAGUAUAAAGGGAUCAUUGACUGUGUAGUGAGGAUCCCCAAGGAGCAAGGUUUUAUCUCCUUCUGGAGAGGCAACCUGGCCAACGUGAUCCGCUACUUCCCCACCCAGGCGUUAAACUUCGCCUUCAAAGAUAAGUACAAGAAGGUCUUCCUUGGAGGAGUGAACCAGAAAACGCAAUUCUGGCGCUACUUUGCCGGUAACCUGGCAUCUGGCGGUGCCGCAGGUGCCACCUCGUUGUGCUUCGUGUAUCCUCUUGAUUUCGCCAGAACAAGGCUGGCAGCCGAUGUGGGUAAAGGCAUGAGCGAGAGAGAGUUUUCUGGUCUGGGCAACUGCCUCUCUAAGAUCUACAAGUCUGACGGCCUCAAGGGUCUUUACCAGGGAUUCAACGUUUCAGUCCAGGGUAUUAUCAUCUAUAGAGCUGCCUACUUUGGAGUCUACGACACUGCCAAGGGUAUGAUGCCGGAUCCCAAAAACGUGCAUAUCGUCAUCAGCUGGAUGAUCGCACAGACUGUUACUGCUGCAUCUGGCAUUGUGUCAUACCCCUUCGACACAGUCCGUCGACGUAUGAUGAUGCAGUCAGGUCGCAAAGGAGCUGAUAUCAUGUACACGGGCACAAUUGAUUGCUGGAGGAAGAUUGCCAAGGAUGAAGGACCCAGAGCUUUCUUUAAGGGUGCUUGGUCCAAUGUAUUGAGAGGCAUGGGUGGUGCUUUUGUAUUAGUAUUGUAUGAUGAAAUCAAGAAAUUCACCUAAAUCUCAAACAUCCCCUACACUGAAGAUCAUAGCUAUAUUUUACUGUUGUGAAACUGUGAUUUAAUGGACAACAGCAUAUUUCCUAGGGAAAUUAGAGUAGGCCUUUAUUUAUAUAAACAGCAAUAUAAAAAGAUAGGGAGUCGUACUGCAAAUUAAUGGUUGUUCCUUAGAUCACAGCAAUUUUGUACAUCCCAGAGCCAUUUCAUUCAAAAACUGUAAUGCACUGUUACAUCAAUGGACCUUGUACUUUUAGUACUUUGUUUCCAUGUGAACAAGUGCUACACUACAAUGCUGCAAAAAAAUCCUGUGUUGUUCAUAUAUUUUGUAGUUUGCUAAACAAUAGGAUUUUGUGCAGCAGUAUUGUAUACUGUAGCAUUUUUUCAUAAGGAUUUGAUAAACUGCUAAAUAUUCUUUUGUGACUAAUGGAUUAAACAUUUAUCUAUUUGACUCUG